AUGAACACGGCCUUGACCACACGCAGCUGCCGGCGUUGCAGCCAGAAGAAGAUACGAUGUAACAAAGCCCAGCCUUGCGCGAGUUGCAUCAAGUCGGCCUCGGAACAAUUAGUUUCGCGCCUGAAGUCCCUAGAGAAGGAGGUGCAGACUCUGACCGAAAAGCUGGAGACCGUGAAUCACGACUCAAGGCGUCACCCCCACCCAGCAGAGAACAGCAGCGCUGUGAAAGGCGAGCGCGGGAAAUUAUUUGUGGACAGAGGAUCCUCCCAGUAUAUCAACCACGAGGUGCUUGUUGAUUUAGAAACACAGGUUGGUAGGGUCUGCAAAUGUGGCACUUGCACUACUGACAGAGGGCCCCUUGGCGGGUCGUACCAGGCGAUCCAAGACAGUCAGCACUGCAAGCAUCGCCUUGGGAAGGCGAAGGAUGAGUCUGGGACGCAAGAGGUGGCAUCAAUAGGCAGGGAGCGUAAAAUGGUAACCGGCAAUGGUUUCGUAUUCCAGUAUUCGCCGAUGGCAGUUUCCCUAUCCGACUUUUACCCCAGCAGCGUCCAGCACUCUAUCUUAUGGGACUUGUUCGAAGAGAAUGUUGCUCCGUUGACCAUGAUAUUUCAUAAGCCAUCGCUUGCUAAGACCUUGAACGGUGCAGCUGCAACGACUAUUCCCGAGGACAGGGCCUCGGAGGCUGUGAGGUUUGCCGUGUGCUUUGCUGCUAUCACCAGCAUGGACCCAGAGCGGUGCAAACAUGUAUUUGACCAGGAACGUGGGAGUCUGCAACAACACUAUCGAUUCGCUACGGAACAAGCAUUAGCGCGUGCCAACUUUCUUCAGUCGCACAACCUGACCGUGCUUCAAGCCACAAUCCUCUACUUAACUUGUCUACGUGGGGAAGACGAUGCCGCCUUCAUCUGGGCUAUGACAGCGGCUGUACAUCGCAUAGCACAGGGGCUAGGGUUACAUCGUGGUGGUACACACCUUGGACUAAACCCGUUUCAAACAGAAGUACGACGCCGGAUAUGGUGGGCAUUUUACUUAUUAGACUGCCAGUCUUCCGAGUUUAGUGCCGUUGGUACGCAAAUCAAAGAGGGAACAUACGACACCAGGUUACCCCUGAAUAUUCAUGACUCGGAUAUAUCGCUAGAGUCAAGGUCGUUUCCCGACGAAAGAUCCAUUUUCACUGAUAUGACAUUCUGUUUGAUACGGUGUGAAAUGACGGUGCUCAAUCGGCAGCUUCACUUAGAUCUGCGUAGUAGCAGCGGCGGCCACGUCGAAGAGAGUUCACUGAACACGUUAAGAAGGCUUCAUGGACUGAAACAGAUCCAUAGUAGAUUGCGCAGAAGAUACCUAGACUACUGUGACGUCUCAAUUCCGUUUCAGUGGGUAACAGUCACAGUCAUCCGCCUGGCUCUUGCCCGAUCAUGGUUGAUUGCUCAUCUCUCCGAGGGUAUGUCCGCGGCAGAGCAGAUAUUGGUACUCUCGAAUGGGGAAGCACUUAAACGGGAACGGCUCUUUGUCACGGCCAUUGAAGUACUGGAGUUUGCGUAUUUGCUCGAGACCGACCCUCGCACCAAGCAGUGGUCAUGGCUCUUUGAGGGAUACCCGCAAUUGCAUGCUGCCGUUUUUGUCCUGAGGCAGAUUGGCGUUGGACCACAAACAAUGCUGACUGACCGAGCCUGGGCUGUAGCAUAUAAAGUCGUCACACGUUGGAGAAACAACGACCUCCAAAAGAAUGGGGUGACCUCAGCCUUAGUGUCUCGGAUCAUGGCGCAAGCUGCAGUCGCACAGGGAUGCAUCUGGGACGGGGGGGAGAUCAAAGACGAGUCACGAUCACCGACUGAUGAGUUGUAUCACAGGAAGAAUUAG